AAUAAAAUAAUACGCAAAUGUGAAGUCGCUCACCACCUCCGGCCGCCAGCUCUGUUCAUCUCCCUCUCAUGCGAUAUGUUACUCCGCCGGCGCUUCCUACCAUAAAGCGUUUCUUCUCCUUCAGCUCGUGCUCGUUGACGUUGUUCUUUAUUGUCUCCUCCUCCGUCGUUUCGUCCGCAUAUCAGAGCAUUCGCCUGUUGUCCAAGUCUCUCCUUUUCUCGUUGAGGCUUUGAUAUCCUUUUUAAAGCGAUCUUUCUUAGAGGAAAUCGGCGGAGAGACUGACGAGGAGUGUGCGAACGAGAUGAUAAGGAGUAGGGGAAACGGCGGUGGCGGCGACAAGAGACUGCCUGCAAGAUGGAUCUUGUUGCUUUGCCUUGGGUGUUUCGGCCUAGGAAUGCUGUUCACGAAUCGGUUUUGGUCUGUCCCAGAUUCAAGUGGGGAAAUCAUCUCGCAGCGGCGGCAGGAGCAGGAACUUCAGGUCGUCUCGGAAGACUGCAUAACCAAAAGGAAGCUUGGCCAAGAUAAGGAUGUAAUGGGAGAAGUCACGAGGACCCAUGAAGCCAUACAAUCUUUGGAUAAAACAAUAUCAACACUCCAGAUGGAGCUGACUGCAGCAAGGAGCUCACAUGACCUAACUGGUUCGGAUGGUUCUCCAAGCAUUAAAACUUCCAGUCAGCAGAGAAAGAAGGCUUUCAUAGUCAUGGGGAUUAAUACAGCAUUUAGCAGCAGGAAGAGGCGGGACUCAGUUAGAGAGACCUGGAUGCCUCAAGGUGAGAAGCUUCAGCAACUAGAGCGCGAGAAGGGCAUUGUCAUUCGUUUUAUGAUUGGUCAUAGUGCAACAUCAAACAGCAUUCUAGACAGAGCAAUAGAUUCAGAAGAAGAGCUACAUAACGACUUUAUUAGGCUUGAUCAUGUUGAAGGAUAUCAUGAAUUAUCAGCAAAGACAAAGAUAUUCUUUUCUACAGCUGUUGCUAAAUGGGAUGCUGAAUUUUAUGUUAAGGUGGAUGAUGAUGUUCAUGUCAAUUUAGGUAUGCUGGCUGCAACUCUUGCACAUCAUAGGUCAAAGCCCAGAAUUUACAUAGGAUGCAUGAAAUCUGGUCCAGUUCUCACUAACAAGAACGUUAAAUAUCACGAGCCAGAGUUCUGGAAGUUUGGAGAAGAAGGGAACAAGUACUUCCGCCAUGCCACUGGCCAAAUCUAUGCCAUCUCAAAAGAUCUGGCCACAUACAUUUCAAUCAACCAGCCUAUACUCCACAAGUUUGCAAAUGAAGAUGUAUCACUUGGUGCAUGGUUUAUUGGGCUUGAAGUUGAGCAUAUUGAUGAGAGGAACAUGUGCUGUGGUACACCACCUGAUUGCGAAUGGAAAGCCCAAGCAGGGAAUGUAUGUGUUGCAUCGUUUGAUUGGAAUUGCAGUGGGAUCUGCAAGUCAGUGGAGAAGAUCCAAGAUGUGCAUGCAAGAUGUGGGGAAGGAGAUGGAGCUGUAUGGAGUACUUUCUUAUAAGCUUACUUCCGCCUUUCAGUUUAUAUCAGUCUACCAUCAUCUUUAAUGUUUCUUUUGGAUGGCUUUUUUACUCCUUCUUAAAGUAGCUUUUUAGUAUAAAAAUUAAAAUUUUUGUACUAAAAAAUUAUUUUAUAAAGCAGUAAGAAAGCCAUCCAAACGAAAGCCUAAAUCAUUUUCUUCUUUGGGGCCGGCCAAGGCCUCAAGCUUAAGCUUUGAUUUCUCCAUGGUUGAAGAUAUUUGUAUGUUAAAAUGAUGACAAACUAUGAUGGUUCUGAUGCAGCUACGCAGCUUAGAAAUCAUCACAUUUUUUAGCUAUAAAAAGGAGUGGUUGCCAAAUUUGUGUACAUCAGGUAGAUUUUACAAACCAUGUAGGCUAGUUCAGUAUGUUCUGGUGGGCUUUUGCGGUUCAAUUGUUGAGUUUGUUUAAUCUCAACUUGUGAACUACUGUGUAUGAUUUUUAGAUCAAAGAAGGUGUAUUCUUAGGGUUUUCAGAUUGCGAAGUUCUUAGAUAAUGGAUUACAAACUUGAAGAAACAGUGUAAUUUCCAUUUUUGAAUCAUUCCAGAUCUGAGUUGAUACACUUAUGUA